AUGAAAACUUGCAGACAAGAAAUGCAGCAUGACGGAGUCGAACAGUUUGAUGGGCAGCCCCGUAACGAAGAAAAUGCCAGCGAGUGUACAGAGAAUCAAAUGACUGUUAAUGACAAUGACGAGGAGGAAGAUGAUAGGAAAUUGUUUGUUGGUGGACUGAGCUGGGAGACAACUACAAAGGAUCUUCGAGAACACUUUGAGAAAUAUGGAGAGGUCACAAACUGCACUCUGAAAACAGAUCUGGAGACAAAGAAGUCGCGAGGUUUUGGGUUUGUUGUGUUUGCCACAAGAGAAGCUGUUGAAAAGGUUUUGGCUGAAAAUGAGCACAGAUUACAUGGGAGAACGAUAGAUCCAAAACAGGCUAAUCCUAGACAAGUCAACAAGAAGAUAUUUGUUGGCAGACUGGACCCUUCAAUUACAGAAGAGGAGGUUAAAGCUUACUUUGAAACAUUCGGCCCGGUCAAAAAGCUUAAAAAAUGCUUAGAGCAGACAAGUCAUAAAAUAGGCACACAUGAGGUUGAGGUAAAAAAGGCUACACCUCCAGGAGGUGCCACUGUUAGAGGUGGUCCAGGAGGACGAGGCUUUUCAUCUGGUGGAAGAGGUGAUCGGGGUGGCAGAGGUGGCUACCAAGGGAGCUAUGGUUAUAACCAAGGAUAUGGAGGCUACGGUGGAUAUGGUGGUUAUGGCUAUUUACUCGGAAUGUACGAUGACUGGGGAUACGGAAAGAAGGCGGCCACUAAAU